AUGCCUUGUCAGGCAAUCAUAAGAGCUUUCAUCAUCCGCAAAAAACUCAAACAAGUGAGGAAACAGUAUGAGGACAUUUUCAGUGACAUUGAGACGGACGUCUGCCCUGAUGGUAAAACAUGCUCAAUCCAGUGGAGAGAACCUGCAAUGAGCAAGCCAUGUGUCCUUCCAAAAUCCUAUAAGACACAUGCUGUUGCUGUUAAAGAAGUCAGAUCAGGAAGCCCAAACGAAAGUCAUCAGCAGCCUCGACCGGACUCCACGCCAUCCCAGGAUACCGAUUACCAGGUACAUGGAACUGGUAACCAAACUAUUGACAUCGAGUCUCACACGAAUGCUGGUGUCAAAGGUCAAGAUGGAACGCCCCAACAGGAACAUGACAAUGACUCAAAUCUGAAAGAUUUCAAUGACAGAGAUUUGGCGCACAAUGCCGAGGAUCAACAGGCAAGUUCCAUGCAAAAUCAUCAAAAUGAGAACCAAAAAGCAAAUCCAGACAGUCGCGAAUUGGUAUUGGAAACCUUGCCCUGCGACCAAGAAGAUCUCCAACUUGCUGGAGACGUUGGAAGAAUGGAAACUGGCUUCCCAAGUCCCAUUGACAAUUACACUUCAGAUUUUGAAUCCUACACAACCACAACAGCUUCGCAAGCCUCUGAUUCCAUUGCUGAGAAAUCAGACAGUGAGGGGUUGAUAGCCGAUAAUGGGACAUCACCAACUGCCCAAUCUUCCAUAGAGGAAACCGUGUCUACUAUUACGGAGGUGACAGAAAAUGUACAUCUAAAGCAAACAUGUUUAAUAGAUCAAAAAAUUCCCGUAGCUUCUGAGACAGACAUUACAGAAGGUGACCUUAGAACAGUAAAUCACAUUCUGAUUAGAAAGUCCGUAGAUGAUGUAUCACUGACUGAUUCAAAAGCCGGAGGUGCUGAAGACACAAUCAGACCUGGAAGUGAGUUAGAAUCAAAUUCCACAGGUUCUCUCACAGAUUCUGAAAGAUUUAAAACUGGAUUUGGUACUGAAGUCCUCCAUGCACCACUCGAUUCACAAGCAUUAAAAACUGAUAAUGGCACUAAAGAUUCAAUAAGGAAUGAUGUAACAGGAGACGUCCAUAGUAGGGUUCCAAAUGGGGCCACCGCUGGGGAGAAAUUAACUGAUCUGUCCGACAGAGAAUCUGUAACUGAUACCACGCUAAGUCUGUCUCAUCUUUCACAUGUUACUGAUAACAACCAGAGGGAUGUAAAGAUGCAGGACAAGGAUGGAGAUGAGAGGGAGGAUGUGGGAAAUGGCUUAUCCCUUGGGGAGGAGGAGGGCGGAGAAAAGUGCAAGUCAGUCAUCUCAGGGAGAACGGGAGGAGAGCUGGAGUCGUCCAUUGUUGCCGAUAUGACAUCAGUUUGGAGUAAUGAAAAUUCAUUUACAGAUUUGACUGAUUACCCAAGUGAUCUGGAAGAGCUAAAGCAGAUGAGAAACACCACAGCCCUGGAGCUCCUAUGGGUUCAACAAGCCAUCAGCAGUAGGAAAAAUUACCUGAGACUGAAGAGCAACAUGGAGUCUUCUCAGUGAGCAGCCAUUACCAGCAAGAUCAAGAAUUAUUCCUGGGAGAAGAUUUGAAUCAAGAACUUGAAGAUAAUGUAUGUAAGUGUAUACUGCUCAAUCUUUGUGCAUGUUCUCAUUAAUUUCAUAAAGUGUUAUACAAUGUAUUAUUUUGUUAUGUUGUUGUUUUCAUUUAUUUUAUCAUCUUACUUACUUUAUAUUUCAUUAAGUUUGUGUCUUGUGUAAUAAGUUUCAUUUAUUUAUUUGUUUGUUUUAAUUUGAUGGAUUGUGUUUUAAGUUUCAUUUAUUUAUCUGAUUUAGUUUGAUGUAUUAUUUUGGAAUACAUUGUCAUUGUAACAAAUCACACCAUCUUAGCAAUAAACAAACAAAGUCAUUGGGUCUUGCCCCAUGAUGUGAAA